UUUUUAUAAAAUUAUAAUAACUAUAAUAUAGUGCAUCGGGCCAACUAAUUCGAACGUCAAUACUACAGGCUCUUGUUCAAAUGGAGAAAAAGCAAAUGAAAAAGAAAUGUUGCAAAGUCGUAUACAAAAGAAACAAGCAAACUUGGGCGAUCACUAGUGGUAAGCAUUUUCUCACUAGUACUAAAUUCAAAAAGAUACAAACAUUAUUUUAUAUAUCUUUUCUAUUAUAUUUGUCUUCACAGGAGGCUCAGGACAGUGAUGAUGAUACUAGUAGUUCACAGAGCACCAACACUGAAAGUUAUCAACCUAGCUCCAGUUCUGGUGCAUCAGCCCUGGUGUCCAAAAAGCACUGUAUAAUUAUAUGGUUGGAGAGGUACUUGAUUCGUACGAGUUGCCAGAUGGUGAUGUAUGUUAAAGGUGCACAAUGUGUACGUGGCACUUUCCGCGCUAAUGAUAUUUACAUGGUUUUUUGUCUAGCCUAUGCGACUUUUAUCGGCCUUUUUGAUAAACAAGGUUCAGCAAUCAUAUCGGUAUGGUGUGCAACUGGCAUUGUCUCGGUCAUAUGUGCUUGGGGUAAUGAAUAACAACUAGCAGCCAUGUACAGCUUCAUUUAACUCUAUAUAUACACUGUAUAUAUGUACUUCUUUCAGAUUGACUACUGACUAAAAUGGAAAGAUCAAUACAAUGAUCAACACUACAGCUGUUUGUGGGUUGAGUUGUUUUUUGCUAUGGGGGUUUGCUUACGAUUGUGGUACACUCAUGGCUUUUGCAG